AAUUAAGUAAGCACACCAAAACUAGCUCAAUGGGUGGAGUUAGUAAGCCAAUGCUCGGUCUUCUCAUUUUGGUAUUUCUUCUUUCGUCUGCCGUUCCGCCAACGGACGCUUUCCGACCCGCUCCCCUCAGCCGCCUUGGCGGCGCGGCAGAUCACAAAAUCCCUCCCGGCAGUAGUUUUCGUCACCCUACUUCUGGCGGCGGCGCAUCCGCACAUGUUGAAACUUUCCAACCAACUACCCCCGGCCACAGCCCCGGCAUUGGUCACUCACGUGUUCUCCCCACCAAAAGUAAUAAUGAUAAUAUUAAAGCCGUUGGUCUUCCUAAACCUUGAUUGUUGUUUGAUGGGCUAACAAUAUAUAUACUCGUAUAUAUCUAUAUGUGUCAUGUAUGUAUGCAUGUAUACAUCAUACAUAUACGGAAUACCUAUAUCAUUACGAAUAAGCUAGCUGUGUGAUCACUAUCCCUUCUACAUGUAUGUGUGUUCCAG